CAAAUACGUUUGACAUUGGUGUCAUUUGGAUAGUCGGGUCUGCAGAGGGGACAUCACCAAAUUAUACAGUAACUUGUUUUUAUAUGCCUCUAUAUGCAGCGUCUGUGAACGUUAAACAGGAGUUUAGAGAGCAAACUAAUAAAAUCACAACAUCAGUCCAACAAAUGGCGGAGCCGGAGCUGUCAUCCCCAGCGGACUCGUCCCUGCAGUCCCAGCGUUCAGUGCCGCUCUCGUUGUCGUUCCCGUUCCUGCGAGAGGGCAGUGGCACGUGGGAGAGAGGAACUCUGCAGCCGGGAGAAUUACCCAGUCCGCUGCUCACCAAACGCACACGUACAUACUCCACGACUGUACGUGCUAAUGCGGGUCCCGUCUUUAAGGGUGUGUGUCAGAACUUCUGCAGGUCACAGGGUCAUGGUUACAUCAGACCGGCUCAUGGAGGAGAGGACAUCUUUGUGCACAUCUCCGAGAUUGACGGCGAGUAUGUUCCGAUGGAGGGAGACGAGGUGACGUAUAAGGUGUGUCCAGUCCCACCCAAGAACCUGAAGGUGCAGGCUGUGGAGGUCACCAUCACCCACCUGAAACCAGGAACCAAACACGAGACCUGGACUGGACAGACCACCAGCUCCUAGGACCGCAGCAGAGAGGAUUGUGGGGACAUAAUAAAGGGACGACUGUAUAGCGAAGCAUCAUGGGAGGGUUUUUGAAGGUGGAAGGGAAGACGGAGAAUGCAGAGAAUGUGUUACAUGAGUUUACAAGAUGAGAUCAGGGCAGACACGUGUUGUGUGAAUGCUUUGGUUCUCUAUGCAAUCAUGUAAACGCUGUUGUGUACUUGUGUAGAGUUUGUUUCUAUAGGUGGAAACUAUAGGAGAGAAAGAGAUUAUGCAGGAUGGUCGCACAUCCUCAAAUUCAUGAACUGUGAAAGAGUUUAAAGGGACAGUACACCCAAAAAGGAACAUUCUCUCAUCAUUUACUCACCCUCAUGCCACACUGACUCCAGUGGUUUAAUCCACGUCUUCAGAAGUCAUAUGAUCGUGUGGGUGAGAAACAACCAAUAAAUCAAUAUUUAAUGUUCAUUUUUACUAUAAAUCUCCAAAAGUUUAAAAUGUCGAAAAACAAAUAGUUUUUCCUGGUAUAUUUGACAUGUUGGAGAACAACACCAGAGUUAAUUUAAUGACCUUCCAUACAUACUGUCUUAAAGGUAUAACGUCAAACAUGAAUCAUUUUUUAUAAUUUAUAUAUAUUUUAUUUAUUUUAAUUUUUUUUAAGUUAUAAUAUCUUACUUUUGGGUAUGCCAUUUAAACAUUAUAUCCUUAAAAAUGAACUCCGGGUGUAAGUGGUUAAAUAUUGAUCUGUUUCUCACCCACACCUAUCAUAUCACUUCAGAAGACAUGGAUUAAACCACUGGAUUACUUUUAUGCUGCCUUUAUGUGCUUUUUUGUGCUUCAAAGUUCUGGUCACCAUCCACUUGCAUUGUAUGAACCUACAGAGCUGAGAUAUUCUUCUAAACAUCUCAAUUUGUGUUCUGCAGAAGAAGGGAAGUCAUACACAUCUGGGAUGGCAUGAGGGUGAGUAAAUGAUGACAGAACUUAUAGUUUUGUGUGUACUGCCCCUUUAAUGCAGCGAUUUAGAGGCGCACACGUCGCUGUUUUCAGCUCUAUUUAUUUUUAUGCAUUAAUUGUGGGUAAUUUUAUGGUAAAAGGGUGAACCUCAUGAAACCCGUCAAAUGAAUGUUCAGCUCAUAUUUCACAGCAAAAUAAUAAACUUAAAAUAAAAUAAAGCCUUUUUUAGUACCAUAAAAAUGGUACUGUUGGGCCCUUGGCCCUAUCUGCUCCAGGAGCACUGUGUCAUGGCUGACCCUGAACUCUGACCCCAGCUUAGCUGGCAUGUGUGAAAAGAAAUACAUUUCACUGUAUAUAUGCAAACAUGUAAGUGUACUGUGACCAAAAUAAAAUAAAGGGUCUUGUGAGAUUUGCGCAAUAAGUUAU